CACGGACCCUCGACCAUCGAUCAUCGUCUUGUUCAUUUUCCAUUUUCCGUCGGCAUGGCCAACACCGACGACCUCCACGAACGGGCGUCGUACAUUUUGUCGUCGACGACCAAACCCAAGGCGGAGCUUGUUCUAAAAGAUGGUUUCGAGUCGCAAGAGACGCCCAAGGACCUCGAGAACGGCGCGCUCGUGGAAGGCGGGCCGCUCGCUCUCUGGUCGCGCGAAGCCUUUGGACUCUUUUCGCAAUAUGGCGCGAUUGGUGUUCUCUACGGCAUGCUGCCCGUGCUCUCGCUGCCCAUCUACACCGUGUACCUCAACAUGGAAGGGUACCAAACCGCCUCGUACGGCGUCUUGGUGACGGUCGGCUGGACGUUCAAGGUCUUCUGGGGCAUGCUCUCGGACUGUGUCCCGAUCUUUGGCUACCGCCGCAAGUCGUGGAUGCUCAUCGGAUGGUUCACCACCAUGGUCUGCCUCGCUGUCAUGACGUUCCUGCCGAUCGGCGCGCCGUAUUGCGACCGCCGCAUCCCCAACAACGUCUGCAAGACGCCGCUGCGCAACAUCAGCGACGCGGACAAGGCCAAGUUCCUCAACUUUGACGCCCCCGCGCGCGGCUCGACGUUUAUCAUUCUCUCCAUGUUCAUCUCGUUUGGCUACGUCAUUGCGGCUUGUGCGUCCGACGCGAUGGUCGUCCAGUACGCGCAGCGCGAGCCCGAGGCCAUUCGCGGGCGUGUCCAGACUGCGAUUUACACGGUCCGCACGAUCACGGGCGUCUUUGCCCAGCUUGUCGUCGCGUUUCUUCUCAAUGGCAAGGAGUACGGCGGGUCGUUUGACUUUGCUGUGCCGCCGAACGCCGUGUACGGCAUUUGCCUCGCGCCUUGCAUUGUCGUCGUGCUCACGACCAUCUUUGUCGUCGUCGAGGCACCGUCGCAUGCGACGUCGUUUGGUGACUGGCGCCGGUCGUUCUGGGGUCUCCUCCAGAAGCGCGUCAUGUGGCAAAUCUGCGCGUUCCGCUUCAUCAACACCAUGUUUCACAGCAUGUCGGCGACCCCGACGUCGCCGAUCGCGUCCAAGUGGGCCAAAGUCGAGCCGCUCAACGACUCGCUCUCGGCGGCACUCGGGAAUGUGAUUUACGCCGCGCUUCUCAUCAUUGUCGGCAAGUGGGGCCUCAACUGGAACUGGCGCUGGACGAUCGCAAUUGCGUCGCUCGGGAUGGUCGCAAUCGACUCGUUUGUCAUGAUGAUGACGGUCUGGGACGUCUACCGCAACCAGUGGUUCUACACGGGCGUCACGAUGGCCGACAACAUCCCGAUGAGCGUCCGCUUCAUUGUCUCGACGUACUGCGCGGUUGAAAUUGCCGAUGUCGGCAACGAAGGCGCGACGUACGGCCUCAUUACGACGGUCGGGAACCUUGCGUCGCCCGUCGCCUCGGUCAUCUACAAGUACAUUGACUCGUACUUUGACGUCUCGCAAGACAACAUCUUGACCGACUCGACGCACGUCCGCUGGGAAGCCACGUACGUCUUCUUGAUCUCGUACAGCUGCAAGGUGCUCGCGCUCGGCUGGCUCUUCCUAUUGCCGCCGCAAAAGGCGCAGAUGCAAGAACUCAAGCGCCGCGGUGGCUCGAGCAAACUUGCUGGCAGCCUCCUCAUUCUCGCGUUCCUCGCGUCCAUGGUCUUCUCGAUGACGAGCUCCAUUAUGGCUAUCUACCCUUCGACCAAGUGCUACCGCAUCGCCGGUGGCAAGGGCACGGUAAACGGCACAUGCCCCAAAUAAAUUCCAAAAAAUAUCAGUGACGUGCUUGUUCUCCA